AUGGGGCCAGCCACGACUUCGUCAUCACCCGCUGACGAGCCGGGGUUGCUCAGCCGCCUCAUUCGUCGCGCUUCGAUGCGGCGGAGUAACGGUAGCAUGGCUGCCAUUAAUAACUUCGAGGAUGCUUCUGCAGCUGCAGCAGGAAGAGGGCCCGGCUGCGUCGCCCUUGUCCGCCCAAAAGACGCUCCUCUUCCAGCUCCCGUCGUUGUAGGCGACGGCCUUACCCCGCGAAAGAAGUCCAUGUUUCGCCCUCAGUCCCUGCUGCUGACCAAACCGACUGCUACUCCUGCGGCCACCAACAUGGCACUGUCCUCAACCAUGCAAUCGACGAAGCUGCGAUCCAAACCCAGCUUUCGAAAUCGCUUCUGGGCCGCCUCAUCAUCCAAUGACUUUGGCAACGACAAUGACAACAAGGAAAAUGUCGCCGCCGCAAAGCCAACGACGCCACGCACGGCCUACGUGCCCCGCCACGCGGCCUCUGACUUCUCCGAAACGACGGCAGCUAACCGUCGUCACCGCCGAGCCGUGUCGCACGACAGUGCCGUGGGGUCAACAGCACAGGCGUCGAUGCCCGUUCUAGUUGAACAUACACCGAUGCCGGCCCUCACCGAGAGAACAGACGACGAGACGAAUCGACAGCAACAGGAUGUCAAGUGUAUCGAUGCGCGGAGGCGGAGUCACGGCGCGCAAUGCGAAGCAAUGGCGCACCGCGGCGCGAGUUUCCAUGCGAGGGCCGCGGCGGACACGUUCGUUUAUUCAAGCCACCAAAACCAACCCGACAAGCAACAUCACCAACAUCAACAUUCCUUCGAGAAGCGCGAGAAUGAAAAUCCGUUCCUCGAUGCGUCGGAAAAGGUGCGGGCCGGGCCAGCCUCACAGCCGUUUAAUGUAAUCAAGGAGGGGGAAGACACUUUCACUGACUACGACCGCUUUGUAGCGAGGGCGCACGCCGAGGAGAUGGCCAUGCGCGUCAAUGCCGUGCGGCGCAAUUGGCGUGAGAGCAAGCGGGACAGCGCUUGCUACUCUGGCAAGAGGGAUAGCGCGCGCACGAGCGACGAGGAAAGUAGCAGCAGCUUGGCUGACGAUGCCGCCGUCGCCAAGAGUCCCGAGAUCGUACAUCCGAUUGCUGGGCCGGGCUUGAGGCGGCAGAGCAGUACCGUUGCACAGAGGAUUUCCCAGUACAUCAGGCCACCGAGAGAAGAGGCUGUGGUGAGGGUAGAGAGACCUGCGGGUCGAAUGGGAACUGUGCGGGAAGAUUGA